GUGGAAUUGGAAAAGCGACUGCAGAUGUUGGACAAGGAGCGCGCAGAAGUGGGGCAUCAGAUCGAGGCGCUGAAGCGCGAGUUCAUGGAGGCCGACGAGCAGCGGAGCCGGCUGGAUCUCCAGGUGGGUGGCUCCGUGCAGGAGGUCCUCAGGGGCUUUCCGGGGCCCGGGCGCGGCGCUGGGGCGUCGCUGCCGCGCCCAUCGCAGCCUGCCGGACUGUCUUACAGCUUCGAAGGCGCCGAUCUUGGGCGCAACCGCUGCAGAUCCCCGGCCGGGCUUGGUCGAGUCGAGGCGGGCGCAGGUGACUUCUUCACCAAUUCACAACCUAUCGAGCGUUGGUCCCAGAAG